GUGGCUGGAAACCGGAAGCAGCCGCGGCCCCAGCUCGGGAGACAUGGCGGGCAUUAAAGCUCUUGUGUUAUUAUCCUUCAGUGGGGCUAUUGGACUGACUUUUCUUAUGCUGGGAUGUGCCUUAGAGGAUUAUGGUGUUUAUUGGCCCUUGUUCGUCCUGAUAUUUCACGCCAUCUCUCCCAUUCCUCAUUUCAUUGCCAAAAGAGCAACGUAUGACUCUGAUGCAACAAGCAGUGCCUGUCGGGAACUGGCAUAUUUUUUCACUACUGGAAUUGUUGUUUCUGCCUUUGGAUUUCCUGUUAUUCUUGCUCGUGUGGCUGUGAUCAAAUGGGGAGCGUGUGGCCUUGUGCUGGCAGGCAAUGCAGUCAUUUUCCUUACAAUUCAAGGUUUUUUCCUUGUAUUUGGAAGAGGAGAUGAUUUUAGCUGGGAGCAGUGGUAGCACUAUAUUCUGAUAAAACACAUUUAAUUUCUUAUAAUUCA